ACGUCGCGUCCGUAAGAAGCAAUCGCGACCGCGACCUACCUAGUCUUAUCUCUUAUCACAUAUAAAAUGAUACAUCGUAUUACCUCACGAGUGCUAUGAUAAACAUUUUACACACGAUAAACUCUCCUUAUACGGAUUUAUUUCAUGUUAAUUAUAAGUCCCAGCUAAUUCAGAUACAAAUUGUCAAAAUAAUGCACUUUUUUAAUGAGUUAAAUACUAGUGUACAGUUUAGUUUAAGGUGAAAUAGUGAUUUUAUAAUUCUGCGAAAUGAAGUGCGUCGUGCUAUUCUUGCUGAUAGUGUGUACUGUCAAAUGUGACCGACUUUGUUCUAAGGAUGAGAGUUUGGAUAUAAGUGAGGGAGUUAAGUAUGAAAAUGAUUCAAUAAUUUUCAAUGGCAUCGAAUACCCCAAAGGUAAAUGGUACGACUUCGUGGAAGAUGGAAACACGACAACAUUUGGGUGUCCAUGUAUUGGACGAUUGUGCUUGUGGAGGUGUUGUGAUCCAGGUCAAGCCUUUCUUAACCGAUCCUGUACUGAUAUGAACAUACCAGAAAUAAAUCCCUUCAACCCACCUGUGUUUAAAGGAACUCAGCCAACAAAUAUAUCUGCCCUUGAACGUUUCUUCUACAUGCACAAAAUAUCCUGUGAGAAAUAUCUUGUGCCCUCCAAUUUCAUGGAAGAAGAAAUAUAUAUUCAGGAGAACGGGACGCUCUAUGAAGUAUCAAUGAACAAUCCAUUAUUGCACUCACAAUCAAAGUUCUGCGUAGAAAUGAUGCAGGAUGGUAGCUCACCGACCCCGAGACUGGUGGCUGGAGUCUGUUACCCCGAUGAAGUGGAAGACGACAGUGCUGUAUUGUAUAUAGCUUAUGGAAUUGGUCUCAUGCUGUCGGUACCAUUUCUACUGGCGACGUUCUUUGUCUACGCCUUCAUCCAUGAGCUCCGAAACCUGCACGGCAUGUGUCUGAUGGCUUACUGCGCGGGUCUCAUCGUUGCCUAUAUAUUCCUCGCCUAUUUGAAAAUGCAUACAGGCAAAAUCGGUGUAGCUAUGACUGGAUGCUACGUGAUUGCCUUCAUCGUGUACUAUGCAUUUCAGUCAAGUUUCUUCUGGCUCAACAUUAUGUGUUUUGAUAUAUGGAGAACUUUUCGUGGAUACAGGGGCAGUUCAAAUAAAAGGCGAGAGAAGAAACGCUUUGCAAUGUAUGGCGCCUACGCGUGGGGUGUUCCAAUAAUUUUGACCAUCAUUACCAUCGCUAUGCAGUUUAGUGAGAAUCUUCCAUCAAACGUAAUUACGCCAGGCUUUGGAAGUAGAAAAUGCUGGUUCGAAAAUUGGAUAAGCGAGUUGGUAUAUUUUUUCACCCCCGUGUUUGUGCUAGUAGUAUGUAACGUGGCGUUCUUCGCAAUCACUGCGUAUAGAAUCCGCUCUAUCCGACAAGAAACUGCGAUUCUGAAAGGUGCGGAGUCAGCUAGAAGUGACAAGCUGAUAAAGGAUAAACAAAGAUUUGGCUUGUACUUAAAACUGUUCGUGGUGAUGGGUGUAAAUUGGUCUGUAGAAGUGAUCAGCUUCGCUGUGGGCGGCUCCAAUUGGUACUGGAUACUGGUUGAUCUCUCCAACAUAGCUCUGGGAAUUUAUAUCUUUUUCAUAUUCGUUUGGAAGAAGAAAGUACGCAAUUUGGUAAUUAAGAAAUGGCAGAAAAUGCGUGGUAUUCGUACAGCAGAGUCUAGCACAGGCAGAUGGAUGUCAAGCACGGUUCCAACUGAAGAUACGCGUAUUUCUAAUGAUGAUUCGGCUAUUAGGUUGAAGGAAAUACAUUAGAAAAGUACAAGUUUAAGAAAAUUUCAACACAAUACAUCACAACAAACGAAAACUAUCCACCAAUAGAAUAAAUACGAGUCUUUAGUAAAUGUUACUAGUCAUAUUGUAGCUUAUUUUUUAUGAAACACUCGUGUCUUAGAUAUGAAUUAAAAAAAUAAAUAAAACUGAAUGUUUCCAGUGGUA